CUUAUAUACACAACGUGCACUAGAUUAAUCCCUUCCUUCAUUUCAGUUAGAAAGAGAAGUACUAUAACUCUUUACACACGCAGUUCUCUGGAGCGUUAGAAGAGAUGCAGCUUCUGGUUGGCUGGUUGAGGUGUGAGGUCACCGGCUGCUAGAAGGCUCUCACUGUGUGUCAGAGGCACAUUCAGUCAUCGAGACCUCAUGCGCUCAGAUGCCGUGAGCGCUCUGAAAGAGAGAGAGAGAGAGAGAGAGAGAGAGAGAGAGAGGAAGGACGACAGAAAAGGAAAGUAGAAAGAGGAAGGACGGACGAGCCAUUAAACACCCAAAUGUUGAACAGUUUGUCUUGAGGACAAAACAAACGCUCUCUGAAAGGAAUAUUUAUUAGGAUUUCAAACAAACUAUUUCAUGGGUUCGAGAAUUAACAGGAGUUUGACUGGACGACUGCGAAGACCUCUUUAGAUCAUGGAGGCACUAAACAUUAGUCAAUGCAACACUUCGAAUUUUCAGAACACUACUCGGGAUGAUCAAGUAUACAGAGAUGUGGGGAUGGUGAUCCUGGGCAUCGUAAUAGGAAUCUUGGUCCUGGCUAUCGUCUUCGGAAACGUGCUGGUUAUUACCGCAAUCGCACGCUUCCAGCGUCUACAGACCGUCACUAAUUGCUUCAUCAGCUCCCUGGCGUGUGCCGACCUGAUCAUGGGGCUUCUCGUUGUGCCCUUUGGCGCCUGUGAUAUCUUCCUUGAGAAGUGGCACUUUGGGAACGUCUUCUGCGAAUUCUGGUUGUCGACGGAUGUGCUGUGCGUAACGGCGAGCAUCGAGACUUUGUGCGUCAUAGCCCUGGACCGCUACCUGGCGAUCAUGUGGCCACUGCGUUACCAAUCACUGCUGACCAAGCGCCGGGCCUGUUGGGUGGUCCUGGCUGUGUGGGCGGUGGCCGCCCUAAUAUCCUUUCUGCCCAUGCAUAUGAAAUGGUGGGUGUUGAACAAUCUGGAGGCGCAGUGCUGCCUGAAUGAUCCCUUCUGCUGUGAAUUCAACAUCAACAGAAGCUACGCAUGGACCUCGUCCAUCAUCUCCUUCUACAUCCCGCUCGUGAUCAUGAUAUUCGUCUACAGCCGAGUCUACCUGGAAGCUCGGCGGCAGCUUCGAAACAUCUAUCGCACGGAAGGUCAUAUUCGGACCCAAAACUUGUGCGGCCAGGACGGGAACGAGGUGCGGAACCGCAGGACCAGGUUUGGCCUCAAAGACCACAAAGCCUUGAAGACGCUGGGGAUCAUCAUGGGCAUCUUCACGCUCUGCUGGCUGCCGUUCUUCGUCCUCAACGUGGCCACGGUGGAGAUGGACAUGGAUGCCAUCGACUGGCUGUAUAAAAUACUGAACUGGAUAGGUUACUCCAACUCAGCCUUCAACCCCCUGAUCUACUGCAGGAGUCCCGAGUUCAGAUGCGCCUUCCAAGAAAUCUUGUGCAAGAGGAGGCCUCAGUGUCCGCCUUCAACAAACAAAACGGGAUAUAGCUACGGCGACCACACCUCGAAGCAGACGUCUUAUACAGACUGCGGAACAGUAGAGCUGGGUACUUGCUCUUUGGCUGCCAGUUCCUCCAACACGAACGGGAAUUGCAAUAGAACCCUGACUUCCAUGAUUUAGCUAUUUAUUGCAUAGAGAAAUACAACUUCUUAACGUUCUUUGCCUCCAUUUUCCCGUGCGUUUAAAUAUAAAACGUCAGAAUCGUUUGGUGAGUGAACAAAUGGAAUAUUAUACAUACGGCAUGACACGGCCUUUGCUCUAAAUGUCUCGUUCUAGUUAUAUUAGAACCCAAACCAUCUCCAUGAUAUAAAAUAUUUAGGUACAAGAUACGGCAAAUCUUGACAUUUGGAAUGUGGCUAUAUUAUCCGACAUAUACGUAAGCUACCUCAUGACACUCUGGCACAUGUCUUCGCCAUAACCACUUCCAAAAAAAAAAAGAGAGAGAGAGAGAGAGAGAGAGAGAGAGAGAGAGGAGCUCUGGAAUCAGAUUAUCGUGUAUCAUGUUCUUACAUAAGAAGUCUGGUUUUGGUUUAGAUCCUAGGCAUAGGCACUACAUCGUUAAAUGAGUGUAGCUGAUCUGAGACCAGCACUGUUAUUUUUUUUUAUUUGUAUAUAUAUAUUUUAAAUAUUAUCUUAUUGCAUUCCAUUGAAAAGCUAAAGUGCUUGUUUUAAAACCAGGGACUUGUUUUUUUUUUUUUUUAUCUCUGCAAUCCCUUGUCUGAACGCCGAGGAAAUCUGAGCUGCUGACGAGGAGCAACAGGUGGAGGUUGCUGGCUCCGUGUGCUAUAACCAGCUGCGCUUAUGAAAAGGAAGAAAGAAAAAAGAGUGUCCAGUCUGUGUACUUCAACCUUCCCCUGUUAGCAUUUCAGCUCGAUCCCAUUCAGCAAUAAACAACAGCUGAGUAUGUGACGUGUAGAACCGAUCACGUUUGUACUGACGGACGUGGACGGACGAGGACGAUGUCGGUGACGCGAUACGGUGCAGCGAUUAUUUUCCGUAGUAAUUAACCGCAUCAUUUGUGUUUGAAUGCACGAGUGCACUUCAUGCAAGAAGGCUCAGCCCAAGGCUCUUGUAUUGCAUUAAUCCUUUCAAACCAUGCACAACAAAGCGUACCAUUUCUGCUAAAGCCUGCGUUCGUGUGUGUGUGUGUGUGUGUCGGUGUGCAAUGUUUACAGAGAUUCUUGAGCAAACUGUCCAAAAGGACAGUCAGAAAAAAAAAAGAAGAAAAAAAAUACUCUCCUGAUACGGUUACAAGUGUCACUUUGGUCUUUGUGUUUACAGAAUUCGUGAGGGGAAUUUAGCGUAACCCGAUAGAAUCUGGUUCUUUUUAUACAGGAAGGUGUGCUGGUCUUUCUGUCAAACAUAUUGUUAUACAAUGAUUGUCCAAGACCAGCGAUGUUGUUUUUUGACAUGACCAGAGCUUCCUUCCUGUAGGCGUGUGUGUGUGUGUGUGUGUGUGUGUGUGUGUGUGUGUGUGUGUGUGCUACAGAUUGUCAGAUUGAAUGUGCAAGUAUUUAUGAGUCAUCUGGUUGAGUUGUUUGAACGCGAUGCGACGUUCAGCUUUUGUCGGCUUGACGAGGUUAUACAGCAUAAAGCACAAUAAAAGGUACUGUAUUUAUGAACCCCUGGUAUAACCUAAGCAUUUCAAGCAUUAAGAUGGCUCGCACAGUGUAUAUAGAGUACAUAAGAGAUGUAUAUACUGUAUGUGAAUUUGUGUUAUAGACAUUAUAUUACAUAUCAUUCCACCUAAAAAUGCUCUUAAUUGACAAAAUCAUACUUAUUUCCACUGCACUGCGAAAUGCUCUCUGAUUGUGUGUUCUGUGUUGUUUGUUUGUUUGUUUGUUGGUUUGUUUUUGUAUGUUGAGCCACUUGCCGAAUGUAAAAUGUGAAGAAUUAAAACGUGGUUGUUUGUAAA